UACGGAUUGACAGAUUCACACACGUAGAGAAUUAAGAAAAUUCUCAAUUGUGCAGGUUUCCUCACUUCUUUACCGCUUGAGACAAAUGAUAUACCUUACAUAGGUAUUUCAAAUGAUAUUUCUUAUAACAGAAAAAUUUAAGGUGCAUGCCCCGGACCGGAUUCGAACCUACGCCCUCCGAAUCGAAGGUAGAGGUCAUAUACACUGAGCUAUCACGGCUUUUUUUUUGGUAUAUUUUGACUGAACUACGUAUAAGUACCAACUCGUAGCUAUCUACAGUUUGGGACUGGCAAUGAUCGGAUUAACUUACGAGCGAUGAGCUUAUAUUUUUGUAUAUUUUAUUAAAUAACCACUUUUAUUAUUGUAGAUAACUAGUAAAGCCUUUUUUCUAGUACAUUUUAAUUUUGUCUUAGACAAAAUUAAAAUUAGGUUUUCUAGGGUUUUCUGUACUCAAUUAAAUCUAUGAGUCUAAUCUAUCUAUGUACCGUAGAUACUAUAUAUGAAUAAUCUGUGACUCGAACUCCUAAGUCGUAUUGAGCGACGCAGUACUGAUACGUACUACCUUUUAGGUCAGGAGGUCAGCCAUAUGUAAACUUUUGGUAUGCCAUUGACACAAAGAUCUAUUUUCAUGAGUUGCCAUAACAACUGCACUUAUUGACUUCAAAACCUUUUAACGUGCUGGACUUGACAACUAAAACUCAAAGCAUAACAGCCCUUAUUAACCGAACAAUAGAGUUUUUAGCACAAAAUAUGAACUGCACAUUUAAAGUUGUCGUUUGAAAACUCAACCCAAUAACACCUCAAGUGUUAUAAUUGGAUUAAACGCCGCUGUUAUUGGCUCAAUUUGUCGUUUCUAACUAAAUUUCAUUUCAACCAAUAGUGAAUCAAAGUUCAGCCUAUCAGGAGGCAUUAAAUUGUCGUGUUAUCUAGUUACAACCAAUAGCAUACUUCAUUGUCACUAUUAAUAUUGUUGUCAAAAGUUUUCAAAUCAGUUUUUGACCCGAAGUUUUCGAUAGUGUUGUAUUAAAUAUUUUUGUAAGGGUUUAUUUUUUAAAAUGUCUCAUUCGUACGGCCAUAGAGGCAGUUCUAGCCCCCAUUCAAGAUCAGAAAGCCAAAUGGGGAAUUAUGGAGAAGAACUUACCGACGCAGAGCUCAUAAAACAGGUAAACGAUAUAAAACAAACUAUAAGAAUAAUUUCUCUCGAGAACGAAAUCUUCGAACGCGUUAUAAUGAGACUGGAGCCAGGGUUGAUGCACGGAAUACAACAGGCAUUGGACUACGCCACGAAACUGCAGAGCUCCUCUUCCUUAAACAUUGGUAGCUUCGUUAAGUCCCAAACAUCGCGAUACGGCUUAGAAUCUCUCGCGAGUCCAUCCAGAAUGCUGACCAGCCCGUCAAGAGUAUCAACAAGACGAGUGGAAUCAUCAGCUAAAGUCAGUGGCACUGUGAUUUUCGGCUCUGGACCUAGAAUCAACGUUUUAGAACGUUCCGAACUAGUUUCCAGCGAAAUGGAAAUAUUGAUUGGCAAUUUGGAAAAGGCAAGGAAGGAAGCGGCCAAACAACACGCUCUUCUAAAAGCGCAGUUAGAAGAAAUUAGUAUCAGGGAGACUGAUAUUAAAAAGGCAGCAGAAAUGUUCGAACAAGAAGUAAUAGUUGAAGGAUGGGACAAAAUCGCUCAGAGAAUUCCUGCAGAGAUUUGGAUAAGAUCGAUGACUGAAUGGGUCAAAAUAACCGACAGCCACAUAGAAAAGUUUAGGCUCAGAACGAGCACUUUAAAUUCUCAAUACAGUAACUUGAAAGGGCAAAUUAAAGUUAAAGCUGAAUUGAGUGAAAAUUUGCGUGCAGUUGAUUUUGAGAAGCUCAAAAUAGAGAACAGGGAGUGUUUGGAAAUCAUAGAUUACAAAUUACAACAACUCGCUGAGUUGAAAAAGAUGACGGGCGAUGCUAAUCUCAAUUUAACAGUGCAUAAAAAAGCAAUGAUGGAGCAAAAUGCCUAUUUGACAGAUAUACUUAAGUCUAUUAAAGAGAAAUAUAAAAAGACAGUGGACUUAGAUAAAGAAAGGGACGUGAUAAAUGUACAAGCGGACAUUUUGGCUCAGAGAUUAGAAGACGUGAAAAAAGUAAGGUUAGCUUAUGAGGUGCCUGAUAUUAUGGAUUAUGUGAAAGUAAAAUCAGAGGUUGCAGAUUUGAAACACAGCAUCAAGCUACUGGGGAACAGAGUGAAUAUACAACAAAUUGCGUUGGCGUCGCUAAAUAAGAAAUUAAAAUCUAUAGUUACGAAUUAACAACAAAUUUUUGAAGUAAUAUUUAGUUUGAAGUAAUAUUUAGUUUCUUCUUUUGCUCUCUGGUUUCUUUGUGUAUGUCGUACAAUCAUGAAAAUAAAUUGUGUUAGAAUAUGAUUUCUUUUGAAAUGACCGUAGUCACACAAUAGUCUAUUCAAUUUUCUGUAGACGGUUACUAAGUCGCACCGGUGGUUCGAACGAGCGCAAAAGGUUUAUCAGUCGAGCGCGAAAGCUAUAAGAGCGUAUCCUGUGAGACAAAGCACAGACCUCGGCUAAGUAAAACCCCUCUUUCUGAGAGGAGACUAGCGCUAAACGGUGAGCCGAAUAUGGGUUAUUAAUGAGUAUGGUUGGGCACCACUUUUUUAUGUGGUAUAGGCUUGCGCUUGAACACAAUCAUGCCUGAUCGAAAGCUAUGAUGAGGUCCAAGAUGAAGCGCGCUUGCCUAGAAGAUACCUACCUAUUCACUCUUGCCUUGAAGGUGCACAAGUCUUACGUGUCAGGAAACAGACGCCGGAAGGAACAAGGGCAUUUCACGUCUAAGAAAUUAGUAAGAAAUUUGGACCUGUGUGGAAU